UUUUUAUUACUGUUUGAAUGAUUGUGUAUGGAUUAUUGUCUUCCUUUUAGUGGUUUGCAAACAACUAGCAAAAGAAGACUUAUUACUUUGAGAAGACUUUGGAGCAGAGGAAGAAGAUUUUGUGAAGAAGCAAACACAACAAUGGUCGAUCUUGUAAUUGGUACUACUGUUCAAGUUUUGCUUGAGAAACUGCUUUCUCUAACAAUUAAGGAGAUAAACAGCUCAAGGGAUUUCAACAAAGAUCUGGAAAUGCUUACACUAAAUGUAUCCUUAAUACAAGCUUUCAUUCAUGACGUUGAAAGACCACAAAUUGAGAAACAACAGUCUGUGGAACAAUGGCUCAACAGGCUUGAGAGAGUUGGUGAAGAUGCUGAGAAUGUGUUUGAUCGAUUCAAAUAUGAAUCUCUCAAAGCACAAGUGAUGAAAAUCCGAAACAGCCCAAUGAAAAAGGUCAGUGAUUUCUUUUCUCAUACUACUUUUAAGAGAAAAAUGUCUCGAAAAAUCAACAACAUCAAUAAAGAGUUGACGGAUAUCAAUAAGUUAGCCAAAGACCUCGGUCUCCAAUCACUAAUGGUUCCUUCUCGGCAAAUAUUACCAAUUAGAGAAACAGAUUCCUUAGUGGUUGCUUCAGAUGUUAUUGGUAGAGACUUGGAUGUUGCUGAGAUAAAGGAGAAGAUUUUGAACAUGAGAGAGGAGGGUGCUCUUCUGUGCACCAUUCCCAUAGUGGGUAUGGGGGGUUUAGGGAAAACUACUGUGGCUAAGAGAAUUUUCAAUGAUGAACAGAUCAAGCAAAUCUUUGAAAAGAGAGUUUGGUUAUGUCUACCUGAGAUGUCUGAAACGAAGAGCUUUCUUGAACAAAUCCUCGAAUCAUUGACAGAGAGGAAAGUUGAGGUUCGAAGGAGAGAUAUAAUAGUCAAGAAGUUACAAGAUGAAUUGGGAGGAAAAAACUAUUUGCUAGUCCUGGAUGAUUUGUGGCGUGUUGACUCUACAUUGUGGCAUGAGUUCGUGGACACCUUGAGAGGAAUAAAUACAUCUAGAGGAAACUGCAUUCUCGUGACUACUCGUAUGAAGCGGGUGGCAUCCACAGUAGCAGCAGAUCUUCAUAUGUUGGGAAAAUUAACAGAAGAUCAUUGUUGGUCUAUUUUCAAACAAAAAGCAUUUGUUGAUGGGAGGGUUCCAGAAGAAUUAGCGAGCAUGGGCAACAAGAUUGUUAAAAUGUGUCAAGGUCUACCGUUGGCUGCAAGUGUGUUGGGAGGCGUCUUACACAGUAAGGAAAAACAUGAAUGGCAAGCAAUUCUUGAUGGCAACCCCCUUGUUGCACAUGAAGAUGAUCUUGGGGAAAAUAGCAUAAAGAAAAUCCUAACACUCAGCUAUGUCUAUCUACCAUCUCCACAACUGAAAAAAUGCUUUGCUUACUUUGCAAUGUUUCCAAAAGAUUUUGAGUUUGAAAAGGAACAACUUAUCCAACUCUGGAUGGCAGAAGGCUUUCUCCGCCCAUGUCAAGAGACCACUGUGAUGGAAGACGUUGGGCAAAGGUUUUUUCAAAUCUUGUUGCAAAAUUCUUUGCUGCAAGAUGUUAAGCUAGAUGAGUACAACAAUAUAACACACUGUAAGAUGCAUGAUCUUGUGCAUGAUUUGGCUGGAGAUAUCUUAAAAUCUAAACUAUUUGACCCAAAGGGCGAUGAUGGAGAAAAACUUUCUCAAGUUCGAUACUUUGGAUGGGAGUCACCAAGGGAUCAAAUAGAUAAGAUAAAUGAUCCAGAACAUUUGUGCACAUUGUUUUGGAGAAGCAAUUAUAUACCGGAAGAUAUGCUGUUGAGCUUUAAGUUCUUGAGAGUUUUAAAUUUGUCCAGAUCAGGAAUCAAGGAGUUGUCAGCCAAAAUCGGGAAGCUAAUAUACUUGAGAUAUCUUGAUCUCUCCAACACUAAGAUCACAGCCUUGCCUAGCUCCAUUUGCGAGCUCUAUAAUUUGCAAACAUUAAGAGUCAAUUACUGUUAUUCACUCGAGGAACUUCCAUAUGAUAUGGGAAGUAUGAUAAGUUUGAGGCAUAUUUAUUACACUUUUCAGUUUGAUAAAAAACAUUUCCAGAUGCCACUUAAGAUGCGACAAUUGACUUGUCUUCAAACCCUACAGUUUUUCAAGGUAGGUUUAGAGAAAGGUCGUCAAAUAGAAGAAUUAGGUCAUUUGAAAAACCUAAGAGGUGAAUUGACGAUUAAUGGUCUCCAACUGGUCUGUAAUAGAGAAGAAGCUCGAACAGCACAUUUACAAGAGAAAUCGAAUAUCUACAAGCUGGCAUAUCUGUGGUUCCAUGACGAACCAGAAGGAAGUGAGACCAAUGAUGAGUAUGUCUUGGAUGGUCUUCAACCCCAUCCUAACUUGAAAACCUUAGCGAUUGUGGACUAUUUAGGGACUAAAUUUCCUUCAUGGUUCCAUGAAGAUUUGCUACCAAAUUUGGUCAAACUGAGAUUAAUUGGUUGCAAAAGAUGCAAAGAAAUUCCAUCGCUUGGCCAACUGAAAUUGCUUCGGCAUCUUGAGCUAGUAGGGUUACAUAAGGUGGAAUGCAUUGGACCUACUUUUUAUGGUAUUGAUGGUAACAAUAUUGGAUCAAGCAGCAAUAUCCAAGUGUUCCCGUCAUUGAAAAAACUAGUAUUGGAGGAUAUGUCUAGCCUUAUUGAGUGGAAGGGAGAUGAAGUUGGAGUAAGAAUGUUUCCUAGGCUUGAGGAAUUGACGAUUAGAGAGUGUCCACUGUUAAAAAGUACUCCAAAUCAAUUUGAAAUCCUCCGUGAAUUACGGAUUAGAGGAGUUGACAGUGAAAUGACAUUGUUGAACUUGUGCAGCAACUUGACAUCUCUCGUAGGGCUUAGUGUAUAUAAUGUGAAAGAGCUCACUUGUCUUCCCGAUGAGAUGCUACGCAACAGCGUUUUUCUUCAACACCUAUCGAUCUCAGAAUGUGGAGAGUUUCGUGAAUUGCCACAAAGCUUGUACAAUCUCCAUUCUCUUAAGAGUUUAAUGAUUGACGACUGCACCAAUUUCAGUUCUUUUCCUGCUCCCAUUGGAGAGAACUAUUUGACUUGCCUCCGAAGUCUUGAGUUAUGGAAUUGUGGAUUGACCAGUUUACCAAGUGGAAUGCUAGAGCAUUGUCGGUCUCUGAACUCUUUGUUGGUCAGCAACUGUAAGAACUUAGUUUCCUUGCCUUUACAGGUGUGGGAAAUGCCCUCACUUUCAUAUUUGAUUAUAUCAAAAUGUCCCAAAUUGAUUAGUGUACCCACAGGGGGCCUUCACCGUCUCACUGGGUUACGGCAUUUGGCAAUUGGUCCUUUCUCAGAGAUGGUGGAUUUUGAGGCAUUCGUACUGAUUUUUAAUGGCAUUCAGCAGCUGUUGUCCCUUCGUUAUCUGAUGGUGCACGGAUGUGGACACUGGGAUUCUCUGCCCUAUCAGCUUAUGCAACUCUCUUCCCUAACACAUAUCCAUAUAUGUGAUUUCGGAAUCGAGGCUCUUCCUCAUAGACUUAACCUUACUUCUCUUGAAACAUUACUUCUAGAGAGGUGCAAACGGCUACAACAUCUGGACUUCUCAGAUGCCAUACCCAAAUUACGGUAUGUGGAGAUCAGUGAUUGUCCAUUGUUAGAAGCUCUGUCGGAUGGGCUCUGCAACCUUGUUUCUUUGGAAGAGUUAAGGUUAUGUAACUGUGAAAAACUAGAGCAUAUGCCAUCCAGAGAUGCCAUGCGAUGCCUCACUAAAUUAUGGUACCUAAAAAUUAAAGGCUGCCCACAGUUAGAAGAAAGUUGCACCAAUCGUAGUGGCCCAAACUCCCAGUGGUCCAACAUUUCCCAUAUUGCAAAAAUUAAAGUAGAUGGAAACAUAAUUCAAGACUUUCGUAAUCCAUGAGCGGCAGGCAAUUACAUUAGAAAUGCUAUUUGAGGCGUAUCUGUCCAUUAAGUUGAUGGAAUUCUGCUUAUUGAACCAAGAUUUCCAUGUGCUAUGGUAAAGCUAAUGAAAGGUAUGGAUGGUUGGUGCCACUGAAAGCAGUUUAUGAGCUAUUCAUGAGUGGCAGAUCAAAUAAUUCUUACUGAUGAUGCUACAUUUAGAUUGUUUCCAUGGAUUCAGCUAGGAGGUUUCCGCGGUACAAAAGGCAAAUUGUAUGUUCAAGAACAACUUCUUAUGGUUUAUUUUUCAGCUCCUUUUCUCAUGAGAAUAUCCGUUGCGAAGGACCAGUUUGAGGGGCAUCUGUCCAUUAAGUUGAAGGUUUCUCUACUCUGCUUAUCGGACCAAGCUUUCCAUGUACUUUGAUCAAGGUAGUAAAGGGUAUCCGUGGACUGAGCCUUCAAAUUCUGUUCAUGAGCUAUUCACAAGAUGAAGCUGUGACACAAAGACAAAAUG